AGGAAGUGUUUCUUCUUUAGCUUGGUUUAUGUCCUAUCAAGAAACCAGCUUUGUCACCAUUGGCCAGAGGCUACUGGCUAAUCCACUCAGGGUCAGGUUUCAUUAUGGGCACCCGGAUGUGUUUGAUCGAGUAUUUCAUUUGACAAGAGGUGGCAUUAGCAAAGCAUCCAAAACAAUCAACUUGAGCGAAGAUGUUUUUGCAGGAUUUAACACGACUCUGAGACGGGGACAUGUCACAUAUCAUGAGUACAUGCAAGUUGGAAAAGGUCGUGAUGUAGGCCUUAACCAGAUUUCAAAGUUUGAAGCUAAAGUUGCAAAUGGAAACAGUGAACAAACAAUCAGUCGUGAUAUGUACCGCCUUGGCCAUAGAUUUGACUUCUUUCGAAUGCUCUCAUGUUAUUUUACAACAGUUGGCUUCUACUUCAACAGCCUGAUAUCAGUGAUUACAAUUUAUGUGUUUCUAUACGGUCAGCUCUACAUGGUAUUAAGUGGUCUACAAAGAGCACUACUCGUUGAGGCAAAACUGCAAAACAUAAAGUCACUGGAAACAGCUCUAGCUUCUCAAUCAUUUAUCCAGCUUGGACUUUUAACAGGGUUACCAAUGAUCAUUGAGUUGGGACUUGAGCGCGGUUAUCUUAAUGCUCUUAAAGAUUUUGUUCUGAUGCAACUGCAGCUGGCUGCAGUUUUCUUUACUUUUUCCUAUGGAACAAAGUCUCAUUACUAUGGCAGAACAAUUCUUCAUGGAGGUGCCAAGUAUAGACCUACUGGUCGUAAAGUUGUGGUUUUUCAUGCCAGCUUCACUGAAAACUAUAGACUUUACUCUCGAAGUCACUUCAUCAAAGGAUUUGAACUUCUGCUUCUGUUGAUUGUUUAUGAUUUGUUUAGGCGAUCAUAUGAGAGCAAUUUGGCAUAUGUUUUAACAACAUAUGCAAUAUGGUUCAUGUCAUUUACUUGGUUGUUUGCACCAUUUCUGUUUAAUCCUUCUGGAUUUGAUUGGGGCAAGAUAGUCGAUGACUGGAAAGAUUGGAACAAGUGGAUUAAUCAACAAGGUGGUAUAGGGAUACAACAAGAUAAAAGUUGGCAAUCUUGGUGGAAUGAUGAACAAGCUCAUCUUCGUCAUGCAGGGCUAUUUUCGCGGUUAAUUGAGAUACUCCUUUCACUGAGAUUUUUCCUUUACCAAUAUGGACUGGUGUAUCACCUUGACAUAUCCAAUCAAAGUAAAAAUAUUGUUGUCUAUGUGCUCUCAUGGGUUGUCAUUGCUUUUAUUUUCCUCUUGAUGAAGAUGCUGAAUAUUGGAAGGCGGUUUUUAAGCGCAAACCAUCACUUAACUUUCCGACUGUUUAAAGCUUGUCUUUUCCUAGGAGUUGUGGCAACUAUUAUUACCCUGUCAAUCAUAUGUCAUCUGUCAGUGAAAGAUUUGAUUAUCUGCUGUCUAGCUUUUCUACCAACUGGUUGGGGCUUGAUAUUGGUUGGCCAAGUAGUGAGACCAAAGAUUGAAGGUACUGGAUUGUGGCACUUCACUCGAGUGUUUGCUCGAGCUUAUGACUAUGGAAUGGGUGUUGUUCUUUUUGCGCCUUUAGCUUCAUUGGCUUGGCUUCCAAUAAUUUCGGCUUUCCAAACUCGGUUUCUGUUCAAUGAGGCUUUCAGUAGGAGGCUGCAAAUUCAGCCAAUUCUUGCAGGAAAGAAGAAACAUUAGUGAUCUCUACUUUACACUACAUAACUUGCAUGUACACAUAUUGUUCUGUAACUGUAGAAUAGCAAGAUACUGGUAAAAACAUGUUGUCAUGUGGAUAUACUCCAUAGGGAAAGCAAUAGGAUAGAUAAUUCUUUUAUGUACAGGUAUAGUUCUAUAGUAGGCUAUUGUGCAUAGACAUUAAUGAAUAAUACACAUUCUUAAAAUCUCAAGGUUAUCAUCUUUCACUACAGUGUUGGUCAAAACUGAAAAAUAAGUUUUAACUUGAAACCACAACAAAACUUGAAGACUGACCCAAUGCAUGAUGUUCGUUCGAGUCCCCUGCUGCUACCUCAUCUGGAGUUUUAAUGCUUUCACUAUCUACCAGUUCACUGGUCCUUAUUGUAGUGUCGGAAUUCUCUAUACCAGAGCUGGCUGUGGAACUGUUGCCAACUGAAGGUGCUACAACUGGAGGUGAAUCAACUGAUGAAGGUUGAGACUCUGCAUCAGAAGAAUCAGAUUCCACAGAGUUCAGUCUUUCUGUCUCUGAUGAUUCUACUUCCUCUUUAGAUUUCCCUGAUGACUUCCCGGACAUCACUUUCUUUAUGCCACCACCAACAGAUUUGCCAGCUUGUUCAAGGAUUUUCUUUGUCUUGUUUCUCACUCUCCCCUUUGUGGGGUUUUUCCCAUUUCCUGCACGGUUCUCUGUCCCAUCUUCUGUUGGUGUUGUUGCUAAUGAUGAAGGUAAAAUGGUGUCAUCCACUAUAAUCUUCCCUCUGAUAUCCUUGGCAUUAACUACCCUAAGACUCACAUGCAUGCGGAGAUGAAUCAGGCUCUUCAAGAUUGCCCGACUUAUCCUUUUACUUGAACUUCUCCGGCAAAGCGAGCUGAUCUUAUGUAGACCCCUGUGCAAACGACCUGGGGAAUCCCCUAUGUAAUUCAGGCUUAAACCAGCAUUUACAAAGAAAAAGAAGAUACUAAGGUCACCCACAGAACUGUACCGCAGAGCAUACAUGGUAAAAGUCAAUGGACACACAGGGAGCAAAGGGGGUCAAAGAUUACCUCAUCAAGAAAAUCAAAAUAGGGGCAUUCUUCAGUAGAGCCCUUGCAAUAGCAAUUCGCUGAAAACGGAAAGAUGGUGUAAUCAAUAUAACUCUGCAAACUUGUGCUAAUCUGAUUCUGGCAUUCACCUUUUGAAUCAGUACUCUCUGAAAAAAUUGAGCCCUUAAGCUGGACAUAACCUUCUCCCAAAUGGAAUUCAUGUUCACCAAGUAACCGAGAAUGUAACAUAGCUGAUUUAUCGAACUUAACUACUUCACUUGUAAUUAAUCUUAGGCAUACUAAAUAGAGCUCCAAAUACUGAAUUGGUGCUGCCAAUAGAGAAAAAAAAACUGAAAUCCUUCACAUUCAACCAAAUCAAGAUGAUGCAAAACUUUAAGUAAACAUAAAUAUCAAGUAGAGGA